CAUGGACAAGGUAAACAAAGUUUGCCUUCAACUAAAGUGUUGAUUUAAUUCCAUUAUUAUUUUAAAGAAUGACUUCUGAAGAUUCUUCAUACUUGUAUGGAUCGUACAGUUCGUUGGAAUCAUCACCGAAUGAGUGGAAUUAUUUUGAUCUAAACGAUAUCAAAGCUUGUCAUGAAAAAGUACCAUGUACAUUUGAAACACAAGUAAGAAAUUUGGGUUUCUUGGAUCAUGGUUCUGAUACUGAACACUUAGAAACUGGAACGAAGAUGGAGCUACCUUAUUGGCUUGCAAAGGAACUGUGUGCCAAACAGAGAAGGAUUGUUUCCGUUGACCUUCCAAAAGUAUAUCGUGAAGCCUACAGGCAAAUCUUAGAAGCAGAUGCUAUGGCUGUUGAUCUCAAUAAACUUGAACGGUAUUUCUACUCUUUUGGAGGAAAGUUAUUAGACUUUGAUUACGAUGACAAUCCAAGAAUUGCAGAGUCUUUGAUGAUGACCUAUAUGAAUCGAAUGAAAUCGCUAAUGGAUUUAUCAUUGAGCAGACUAGACUCCCAUCAAGAAUCACAGACUUUCCUGCCAAAACUUGAUCAUGAAGAACGGAGUAUCUUUGAUUUGUCGCAAAACAGUCUGAGGCGUUUUGAACAUUGGAAACAGGGUACUGCCUCUAAAUUGGUUACAUCGAACACUGUAAUAAAUCAAAGGAAAAGAAAACGCACAGAAGAUAAAUAGUUCUUAUAAAUAUGUAAAUUUUGGUCUUUUUAUUGUUUUGAUUUAAUUAGCAUAGAGGGAGUCUAGCAUAGUCAUUCUAUGAGUAAUCUCUAAUUUUAACUCAUUGUGAUGUUAUAUAACUCUUAUUAAUUACUGAAAUAUAUAAAUUUUAUAUAAUUUAUACAAUAAAAACUCUGUCAACUGUCAACACAAUUCUUUUUAAAUGGCAAGCAUCAGGAGAGAGUUGCAUAAUAAAUCAUUAAAUUCAAUUGGUUUAA